AUGUUGCCGCCUGGGCCGACUGUCCCGGUGGUGCGCGAAAUUGACGACAGGGCAAGUUGCAUUGUCUGGCCUGCAGCGCGUGUGCUCUUGCAAUGGCUGCGCACGACCUUGAAGGAGAGUCUGGACACGGAGCUUGAAGGUUCUACGGUUUUGGAGCUUGGAGCUGGGACGGGCUUCCUGUCGCUUGCUUUGGCACAAGAAGGCGUGAAGAAGGUGUUCGCUGCCGAGGGUGACGAGGAUGCUUGGGAGAACCUGACGCAGAACGUGGGCACUGCCUCGCAGCUACAGCCGGUCCUGUGGAACUGGGAAAGAGAUCCAGCGAUACCUGACGAAAUUCCUCUUCAUUCUCUUCAUCUCAUAGUGGGAUCCGAUUUGGUGUAUCCGGGGUACUACAAUGAGCGUGCUUUGGCAGAGCUGAUCCGACGCCUGGUCGACCUGAUGUCGCCUGCAUGGCACGUUCCCGUCAUACUCCUUCUCUGCGAUCGGGAGCCUUUGCCUCCGGGGCCGCGGAGCCUGGAGAGCUUCCUGGGCUUCUGCGAUGCUUUGGGUCUCGAGGCCUUGGAGCUGCCCCUGAGCCGCGAGGUCCUGGAAAAGGCCCUGGGGCCCUUGGAGGGCCGAGCCUGCCACGAGGAUCCGGGAGGAGCCCUGGGCACCUUGAGCCGGCUGAGGCUCUUCCAUUUUGGGAGAGGCGACAAGGUGCGAGGCCUUGAGCCGAAAACCGUAGAGGAAGCCGAAGCCAUGAGGAGUUGUCUGUUCGAUGCGGAGAUGCGGAGUUGUCGGCCCCUUGUUGCUCUGCCUCCGUACUUGCUCUGCAGUCCUGCUUCCGCCUCCAGUAAAUUGCUGUGCGCACUGACAGGGCUCACCCACGGAGCCUCGAUACAAUCUUGUGUGCCGCUCGAGCUAGCAAUGCUGCAGGUUUGA